AUGCUGCUGUCUGUGCAGAGUGUGAUAAACAUCAUUUUAUCUAUAAUCGGGAUACAUGGAAUCAUCAUAAACUCCGCCAUCCUCUCUGUGUACAUCAGACUCUGGAGAACGAGCAAUAGACUCAUAGCCAGUGACCCAAUCCUGCUCUCUAUGGCUCUCACCAAUCUCCUCCUGGUGUGCCAGUUGUUGGUGAGCAAUUACUUGUCUUUUCACACUCAAAUGAACACAAGAAUUUUAUUGUUUUUGAGUUAUGUCCUGUUUGUCCUACAGAAUAUGAGUUUUUGGAACACCGCCUGGCUUUCCAUCUGCUACUGUGUGAAACUCGUCACCGUUACCCACCGGAUCUUCCUCUGGGUGAAAAUGUGGUUUUCCUCUUCCAUCACCAAACUCCUCAUAGGAUCAGCAAUAUGGUCAGUUCUGGUGACUUUGCCAUUUUUCUGGACAGCAGAGAUGAUGUUUCCACAGAAAACAAAUAUUACUGAUGGGUCAAUAGGUUUUGCAAUGACGGUAAAUGUCCUUUACACUGUGACUAAUAUGCUGUUCAGUUACAUCCUGCCCUUUACCCUGACUUUCAUCUGUAUUGGUCUCAGUGUGACGUCUCUCCUGCACCAUGUCUGGAGGAUCAGGCAGAACGUGUCCCAGGACAGCUCAUCCCCUCAGCUCCAGGCUCUUGUUCGGGCGGCUGUGACAAUGACGCUGCGUGUGGUGUUGGACCUGAUCUUCCUUAUUAUCAUUAUUUACAUGUUUGCUGUGUCGUUCUAUAUGAGUCCAGUGAUGGAUACAUUAUUCUUGGUGUUCCUCUACUCAUAUCCAUCAGUACAAUCUUUUAUACUAAUCUUUGGAAACCCCAAAUUAAGAAGAAGUCUCUUCAGAUGA